AGGAGAGAGUGCGAUGGACGCUGCUCUCCAUUUCCCAAAGCCCCCAGCCAGCCAUGGAGAUAUAUUAAAGAGACAGUAACUUGUUCAAAUCACUGCUACUAAUCAUGACGCGUGUCCAUUCGCCAGCUGUAUCCCAAGAGCCCAACCGCUUACCUCGAACCAACGGUGCCCAUAACUCCUCUUCUUCGCCUACCCCCAACCGCCUCUUCCAGUCACCCUCCCACUCCCUUAUAACUACUAUACCCUCUCCUCAUAUAAAUAUAAAAUCCCUUCACCACCCCUUUGUUAACAACCUCCUCCCUCCUCCCUCCUCCCAACCUCUCCAGACGCAACAAAAAAAAAUAAAAAAAUAAAAAAGCCUCGUUUUAUGCGAGAAAAAAACACACACAAGAGGGGAUUUAGAUUCGUGUGUUAGGAUAUGGCUAUUACUAGAAAGGAAAUGGAUAGGAUCAAGGGGCCAUGGAGUCCGGAAGAAGAUGAGGCGUUACAGAAACUGGUUCAAAAACAUGGUGCAAGAAACUGGUCAUUGAUAAGCAAAUCAAUCCCUGGCCGAUCAGGGAAAUCAUGCAGGCUCCGGUGGUGCAACCAGCUCUCACCUCAGGUCGAGCACCGACCCUUCACUCCCGAUGAAGAUGACACGAUAAUCCGAGCCCAUGCUCGUUUCGGCAACAAGUGGGCUACAAUCGCUCGUCUCCUCUACGGGCGCACCGAUAACGCUAUUAAAAACCACUGGAACUCCACCCUGAAACGCAAGUGCUCUUCAAUGGCAGAGGAUGGCAAUUUCUGCAACCGCGAAGGGUAUGAUGGUAAUUUGGAUGGUGACAACACGCAGCCCUUGAAGAGAUCCGUGAGUGCAGGUUCUGGUGUGCCUGUUUCUACCGGGCUCUAUAUGAGCCCGGGCAGCCCUUCUGGAUCUGACGUCAGCGACUCCAGCUUGCCCGGCUUAUCCUCCUCUUAUAAUUAUAAUAUAUACCGGCCCGUUGCGCGAACCGGAGCGGUUAUGCCUCCAGUUGAAACGACGUCGUCUUCUGAUAACAACAACGACCCGCCUACCUCGCUGAGCUUGUCUCUACCCGGGGCCGAUUCCUCUGAGGUGUCCAACCAAGUCGCCGAGCCAUCUCAGCUGCCCAAAUCCAAUACAGUGACACCCCUUUUGACGGGAAGGAACGCACCGGCUCAGGAGGUAUCCCCGGCAGUGGGCGGACUGUCCGGGUCUGUGGGGUUCAGUACAGAGUUUAUGUCGGUGAUGCAAGAGAUGAUAAGGAAGGAAGUGAGGAAUUAUAUGAUGGAACAUAGUGGUGUAGGUGGGGGUAUGUGUUAUCAGGGCAUGAGUGGGGAGGGGUUUAGGAAUGUUGCAGUGAAUAAUAGGGUUGGGUUGGUAAAAUUAAGUAGUGAAAAAUGGACAGGGUAGAAAGGAAACUGGGGCCUCUGUUUUCUCUUUUGGUUAGGGAAUAAUUUUGGGAUUGUACAGAGAGAGAGAGAGAGAGAGAGAGAGAAUGUCUAUGGGGCAAGGGCGAGAGGAAAUCGUAAAAACCUAGACAUUUUGUAACCUUGGAUCUGGUUCUGACGAGGGAACUGAAAAAAACUUGAAACAAGCACAAGGAAAACAACAAAUCUUUCAAUUCUAAUCCAAGUUUGUCUUUUAUAUCUCAA